UACGUACUCUUUGUUGGAUGUUCGCGGUGGAUGACAACCGUCCAGCCCGUCUCAACAACAGCAGCAGCAGCAGCGGCAGCAGCGGCGGCGAGGCAGCAGUGUAUUAUCAUCGCAGCAGUCGAGGGGAAUGAAGUGAACCGGAGGAAGGAGAGAUAAAGGAUUUACGGACACCGACCAAGCAUGGCUACCCAAACGACAGUAUCAUGCACUGGAUCCACUCUGUUGCAGCCAAUCAGCGAAAUUAUCAAUCUCCCCGUUGACCAGGUUAACUUUGUGGCAUGUCAGCUGUUUGCCCUGCUGAUGGCUCUGUGGUUUCGGCUCUACCUCCACCCCAGUAAGACCAGUCCUUUCAUCAGACAUGUGGUGGCCACUCUGCUGGGCUUCUACCUGGCCCUCUUCUGCUUUGGCUGGUAUUCCCUUCAUUUCCUGGUGCAGAGUGGUCUGUCCUACAGUGUGAUGAUCUUCGUAGGCCUGGAGCACAUGCACAAGUACUGCUUCAUUGUGACACUUAGUUAUCUGAUAGUAUGUCAGAUCACUCGUGUCUACGUGUUUGACUAUGGCAUGUACUCUGCAGAUUUCACAGGGCCCAUGAUGGUUAUAACACAGAAGAUUACCAGCUUGGCGUUUGAAAUACAUGACGGUUUGACCAAGCCUGAGAAACAGCUGACUCCCAGUCAGAAAUACCUAGCUAUCAGACGGAUGCCCAGCUUGCUGGAGUACUUAAGCUACAACUGUAACUUCAUGGGCAUCCUGGCAGGGCCCUCCUGCUCUUACAACGACUACAUGGCUUUCAUCGAAGGAACGUGCUACCAGCCACGCCACCAGGAGAACGCCAACGGCAAGGAGAACGGAAAGUACAGGCAGACAGAACCCUCACCCAAGAAUGACGUCAUCUCCAAGCUGUGCACAUGUGCCAUCUCGCUGGGCAUCUAUCUGUCUCUGUGCAACCUGCUUCCUGUGGAGCACUCCAUAGACGAUGAAUUUGUCAGCUCCACGCCCUUCUAUCUGCAGAUCAUCUAUCUUUACCUGGCCAUGCUGGCUCUCAGGCCCAAGUACUACUUUGUCUGGACACUUGCUGAUGCUAUCAAUAACGCUGCUGGAUUCGGUUUCAAUGGAUACAACAAAGAUGGCUCCCCCCGCUGGGACCUUAUAUCAAAUCUCAGAAUUCUGGACAUUGAGUUUGCCACCAGUUUCAAGAUGUUCCUAGACAACUGGAAUAUCCAGACAGCUCUUUGGCUCAAAAGGGUGUGCUAUGAGCGCUGCCCCUUCAACCCUAUGGCGGCCACCUUCCUGCUGUCAGCCAUGUGGCACGGGUAUUACCCCGGCUACUACCUGACCUUCCUCACUGGCAUUGCCAUGACCAUGGCAGCUCGUGCAGUAAGGCACAACAUCAGACCACACUUCAUGGUCUCCGACUCGUACAAGCGCAUCUAUGAUGUCAUCACGUGGGCAUGGACUCAGGUUGCCAUUAGUUACACAGUGGCACCAUUUGUCCUACUUGCUGUGGGACGCUCACUAAAAUUCUACAGGUCCUGGUACUACUGCUUACAUAUCCUCUGCCUCCUGGUGGUACUGGCCCUGCCUAUCAGAUCAAGACGCCGACAGGCCAAAGAGCAACAGGACGGCCUACAGGACAGCCAGAUUGACCACAACAGCACAGACAACAACUGCAACCAGAAAGAAAAGGCCACAUGAGGCGGAGGACCGACAGUCCCUCUUCAGCAGUAGAAACACUGAGAGGAACCACUGAGAUCUGGAGUGUGGCGAGUCUGUGUACCCGACAAAACCAAAUAACGGACGCUCUGAGAAUCCUAACGGACAGAAAACACAAGUCAAAGUUCUGUCAAAACUUCCAGUAGCAAGGAUGACAGCAAUCACAGUUUCUGACGUGGAUAACCAGGAUAACAAUGUCCACGGUAUAAACUAAUGAGAGAUAGUGGUAACUUUACAUUACAUUAGUGGAAAUGAAGACUUCCAAGCUGCCUUAAACCCUCUAUGUACUCUGCUGGAUGGCACGCUGCAUGAACCUAAAUGCAGCUUCAGCAUUGUGGUGUCAGGUUAUACAAACAGAUUAGAUGUGCAGUAUGUGGAGGGUUUUUGUCAAUGUCUGGAUACAAGCCUCUGUUAGGUGGAAACCGAAAAUGUGUUCACGUAAAUGAAACAUAACCUUUAUCAUCAGCUGCCAACUUCAAACAGGCCUUAGGAUCCUCAAAACAUCAUUAUAUGUCUUUUUAAAAACCUUUAUUGGAGCAGUAUUCACAUUGUACGUGUUUUGUAUUUAGAUGUUUGUGGCAACACUAUUCAAUUCCAUUCUCAAUGCUUUUUUUCUGGGCUAAAAUGACUGAAAUAGAGUCCCGAAAGUGGAAUACAAAUCUCGUCUGCCUCCAUCAGUGGAAAGUCUAAAAGAGACACUCAAGAGUUAAAUGGAUUUCUGUUUGUUUUACUUUUUUCAUAUCUGCUGCUCUUUUGACAAAUAUGACUCAUCAGAUAAACGUGUGUGUUUCAAAGGGAGUACAUUUACUCUUAUGUGACUUUCAUUUUUUCUUCACAGAUUUCUGACAUUGUUUCCCUGAUUUUUUUCAUUUUUUCAUAUUUUUCACUCAAGUUUUACUUUGUGUUCACAUGUCUUGCCUCUAUAUAUAUAUAUAUAUAUAUAUAUA